AGGACUGUAGCUUGCUGCCCGCAAAUGGGCGCCCGAAGGUUCUGUAAGACCCCGGUUUCUUGGAGCGGUAAAGGCGGAAAGAGCUGCGGAAGAGGCGACGGGUUAAAAGGGAAAAGCUCUGAGUCGUUUUAGUAAAGUGUGGCUCUGUGACGAGGCCCAGACUCACGUGGGAGACCCCGUAAAUAGAUGGUUUUAUUAACAGGACGGAAACUACAUUUCCCAGCAUCCGUGUGUUGCCAGAACUUCAUUGUCCGAAAGCCUCUGCGAGAUUAAACACGCCUUCCGCUUCCUCUUGCUGACCCGGAUCUCCGAGACUAUGAGGAGCCGCUGGAUGUGGCGGCUCCUACGCCCUGAAGGCGGUGGAGCCCGCUGGACUUCAACUCCCCACGGGCGUCUGUCAUCCGCCCUGCGGAGAGGUUUCUUAACCACCACAACUAAGUCAAGUUAUGACAGGAGGCCAGUGGACAUAACUCCUUUAGAACAAAGAAAAUUAACUUUUGAUACCCAUGUGCUGGUGCAGGACUUGGAAACUCAUGGAUUUGACAAGACACAAGCAGAGACGAUUGUGUCGGUACUAAGUACAUUAUCAAAUGUCAGCCUGGACACUAUCUAUAAGGAGAUGGUGACUAAAGCUCAGCAGGAAAUAACAGUGCAACAGCUAAUGGCUCAUUUGGAUUCCAUCAGGAAAGACAUGGUCAUCCUAGAAAAGAGUGAAUUUGCAAAUCUGAGAGCAGAGAAUGAGAAAAUGAAAAUUGAAUUAGAUCAAGUUAAGCAGCAGCUGACUCAAGAAACCAGUCGAAUCAGAGCAGAUAAUAAGUUGGAUAUCAACCUGGAAAGGAGCAGAGUAACAGACAUGUUCACGGAUCAAGAAAAACAACUUAUGGAAGCAACCAAUGAAUUUACUAAAAAGGAUACCCAAACCAAAAGUGUUAUUUCAGAGACCAGUAAUAAAAUCGACACUGAAAUUGCAUCCUUAAAAACACUGAUGGAGUCGAACAAACUUGAGACAAUUCGUUAUCUUGCAGCCUCGGUGUUCACUUGUUUAGCAAUAGCAUUGGGGUUUUAUAGGUUCUGGAAGGAAUAUUGACACUCCUGCUGUUGGCUGCUGAUCACUCCAGAGAAUGGAUUUACUACAAAUCCUCCAAAGUACUUAUGGACUACACACAAGUGUUUGGGUAUUUUACUUUUCUGUUGUAUGACUUUGUAUGUUGAAAAGCUGUCUCCCAAAGCCUGGUUUGAGAUAGAAGGGCAUUUGGUCCUUAUCCUUUUGAUAACUACAGCAACAAAAACAGUUUUGCAUUUGAGCUUUGUAAAUGAAGUAGUAUUUGUUAUCAGAUUGCAUACUUGAAGACAGUUCCAUAGUCUACAUACUUACUGGAUUUUACUUCCCUGCUUAUUAUUGCAGUUAGAUUUUUAUAUAAAAUAAAAUACUACAACAAAGUUGA